AUGCCCACCUUCUCUCUCUCUCUUCAUGCCCCUCUUCUUCCCAUUUUCUCUAUCUUUUUCCAUCUCCUCUUUCCCCACUCUUCUCCUCUUUCCCCCCACUCUUCUCCUCUUUCCCCCCCUCUUCUCCUCUUUCCCCCCACUCUUCUCCUCUUUCCCCCCACUCUUCUCCUCUUUUCCACUCUUCUCCUCUUUCCCCUCCACUUUCUCCUCUUUCCCCCACUCUUCUCCCCCCUCCACUCUUCUCCUCUUUCCCCCCACUCUUCUCCUCUUUCCCCCCCACUCUUCUCCUCUUCCCCCCACUCUUCUCCUCUUUCCCCUCCACUCUUCUCCUCUUUCCCUCCACUCUUCUCCUCUUUUCCCCUCCACUCUUCUCCUCUUUCCCCUCCACUCUUCUCCUCUUUCCCCUCCACUCUUCUCCUCUUUCCCCUCCACUCUUCUCCUCCUUCCUUAUUUUCCCCUUUCCUCCCUCUCUGCUCUCAUCUCCCCCCGUCCUCUUAA